AUGAACCAGCUACACGACUCAGUGGAACCAAGAGUGAUGGACGAUGACAUGCUCAAGCUGGCUGUGGCAGAGCAGGGCCCCCGGGAGGAGGCUGGGCAGCUGGCCAAGCAGGAAGGCAUCCUCUUCAAGGAUGUCCUGUCCCUACAGCUGGACUUCCAGAACAUCCUCCGCAUAGACAACCUCUGGCAGUUUGAGAGCCUGAGGAAGCUACAGCUGGACAACAACAUCAUUGAGAGGAUCGAAGGCCUGGAGAACCUCACACACCUGGUCUGGCUGGACCUGUCCUUCAACAACAUUGAGACCAUCGAGGGGCUGGACACACUGGUGAACCUGGAGGAUUUAAGCCUGUUCAACAACCGGAUCUCUAAGAUUAAUUCUUUGGACACCCUCGUCAAGCUGCAGGUGUUGUCACUGGGCAACAACCAGAUUAGCAACAUGAUGAACAUCAUCUACCUGAGACGGUUCAAGUACCUGCGGACGCUCAGCCUUUCCGGGAACCCCCUCUCUGAGGCAGAGGAUUACAAGAUGUUCAUCUGUGCCUACCUUCCUGACCUCGUGUACCUGGACUUCCGGCGCAUUGAUGACCAGACGAAAGAGCUGGCAGAGGCCAAGCACCAGUACAGCAUCGACGAGCUAAAGCACCGCGAGCACCUGAUGCAGGUGCAGCUGGAGGAGGAGCAGGCUCAGCAGGAGGAGCUGGAGAAACACAAGGCUGCAUUCGUGGAGCACCUGAACGGCACCUUCCUUUUUGACAGCAUGUACGCUGAGGACGUUGAGGGCAGGAAGCUGUCCUACCUGCCUGGAGUCAGCGAGCUCCUUGAGUCAUAUAAGGAAAAAUUUGCUGUUAUCUGCAUGAGUGUUUUCGAGUAUGGCCUGAAACAGCAGGAGAAGCGGAAAACAGAGCUUGAUACCUUCAAUGAAUGUGUCCAAGAGGCCAUCUGGGAAAACCAGCAGCAGGGCAGACACAAGAUCGCCAAGUUCGAGGAGAAGUACCUGCUGAGUUUAAGUACCAUUCGAGAAGAGUCUGAGGUGCCCAGCAUCGAGAAGAAGAUCAUGGAGUGCAGCGAGGACAUCACGGAGCUGUUCAACGUGCUCAUGACGCUGGAGAUGCAGCUGGUGGAGCAGCUGGAGGAGGCCAUAAACUUGUUUGAAAGGAACAUUACAGACUUGGUAGGACUCUUUGUGGAGAAUGUCCAAGGUCUGAUAGCUCAGUGCCGAGACCUAGAGAACCACCACCAUGAAAAGCUCCUGGAGAUCUCUAUCAACACUCUGGAGAAGAUUGUCAAGGGGGAGCUAGACGAGGAACUUCCUGACGACGUGCGCGCGCUUUUUGUGGACAAAGAUACAAUUAUUAACGCUGUUGGGGCAUCACAUGACAUCCACUUACUGAAGAUUGACAAUCGAGAAGAUGAGCUGGUGACUAGGAUCAACUCUUGGUGUACACAGUUGGUAGACAAGAUUCACAGGGAUGAGACCACAAGGAACCGCGAGCGAGUGAAGGAGAUCAGUCAGUACAUUGACCACACGCAGAGCGAACUAGACAACCUGGAAUGUGGUGACAUCCUGGACUAGCUGCUACUAGCCACGGGGUCCCUUUCAAAACACAGCACCAGCCCCAACCAGGAGGAGAAAAUGUAUACUCACCAACAGCCCCAGGAGACAGUUAACUGGGAAUUUCUCAACCCAUAACUCCCCUAACACCUUUCUUCCCCUACCCUUGGAAAAACUUCCAAAUGUAGAAAAAAAUAAAGGACCCA